AUGGCAACCUUCAAGGGAGAGAAGCUUCCAACAUGCUAUGCCUCAUGCUCCAUAGGCUACGAUAGCUCAAUGCAUACCCUUCCUAAGAAGUUAGCAGCCAUCGCCGCUGCCGGCUUCGACGCGAUUGAAUUGUCAAUGCCAGACAUCUUGGCGUACGGCAAGUUGAUAUCCAGCAAUGGUGCUGAGCCUGAUCCCAAGGACUAUGCUAGUCUUCACUCUGUGGGGCGGGAGAUUCGGCAACUGUGUGAACAGCGCAAAUUGAAAGUGCUUGUCUUACAGCCCUUCGCAAAUUUCGAGGGGUGGCCAAAGGACAGCGACGAGAGAAAAGAUGCGUUUGAGCGCGCCAGAGGUUGGAUGUGGAUCAUGGAAGCAGUUGGCACUGAUAUGCUGCAGGUCGGAUCGUCUGAUUCAGAGGGCAUUUCAGCCAACUUCGAUCAACUGGCAGCCGAUCUGGCCGAACUCGCAGAUAUGCUUUCCGAGAAGGGGUUCAAGAUUGCUUACGAAAACUGGUGUUGGGCAACACACGCGCCCACUUGGAAAGAUGUCUGGCAGAUAGUCCAGAAAGCAAACAGACCCAAUCUCGGACUGUGCCUGGACACUUUCCAGAGCGCUGGUGGAGAGUGGGGAAGUCCAGUGACCGAGUCUGGAUUGAAUGGGGAUGGCAAAAGGGCAGAGCUGGACCACAGAUGGAAACGAAGCUGCAAGCUGCUGUCCGAAACUGUCCCCCCGGAAAAGAUUUUCUUCUUGCAGAUCUCAGAUGCUUACAGAAUGGAUCCGCCUUCGCAAGACAAGCCUGAUGAUAGUGGGCUGCGAUCGCGAGGUCAGUGGAGCCACGAUUACCGACCGAUGCCAUAUGAUGGCGGGUAUCUGCCCAUAGAGGAUUUUACGAGGGCUGUGCUGCAGACAGGGUUCAGAGGGUGGUUUUCGAUCGAGGUUUUCGACGGAAAAGGCCCGCAAAAGUAUGGCGAUGACAUGGGACCUUAUGCAGGGCGGACUUUGGAGUCGUUGCGGAAGCUGUUACAAACAGUCGAGGAUACUCCAUAG